AUGUCGGUGUCAUGUCGUGUUGACACGGACACCCUCGCCGGAAACGACGAGUCCAGGAAACAGUUGGGUGUUGAGCAUUCUGGUUUUUGUGCUCAUUCAUUUUCUUUGGGAUCUGUCGGUAUGGCAUUACAAUGCAAGGGUUCUAUCCUAGUGGCAACCGGAGCUCAACCAUAUUCGGGUAAAGUUGGAGAAUGUGAUGUUGAAAAUUUUGGCAUGGCGUACAGGGUUGUUGCUGACCGCAUAACUCUUUCAUUUGCUAUUGCUGGUGGUUCUUGUCCAGGUGGAGUGCCAGAAACUUGUCCAGGUGUUUGUGUUAGUGCUCUAUGUGGACAAUUUAUAGCUUUGCCAAUAUGCAAUGAGGGGCGUGAAUAUUUUCUGAGGUGUAUUCUUCUCCAUGCUGUUCGUUAUGGGACUAAAAUCAAAAUUUUCAGUGGGCUUGUAAACAUUGUGGUGAAAGUGAUGGGUGAUGUUUUUCCAGAGCUGAAACAACAUGAAUUGCACACCAGGGAUACAAUUGAAGACAAGGAAGCAAGUUUUGGCAAGAUCUUUCUUUAUAAAACUUAG